AAAAAAAUGCACGGUUUUUGUUCAUUAUACUGUACCAGAAUUAUCCGAGUGCACGAAAACUUCAGCCGAGCUCAUUCAUCACGGUACCCAAAACACAGAUAACAUUAAUCGAUAAGGAAAUACGACAAGAUACUACAUGCUCAUAGUACAUAAUUUACGAUUGGUAUUAUAAUACGGAGCCAAGUUGUCUGGAGGAAUAAACACUAUCGACAAAGGACACGCAGAACGCGUCUGUCAAACCUUCUUUCUCCCCACCGCGGCGCACGGAUGGUCAUCGACGGUCUCCGUCUCUUGAGCCGGCAGGGGUUUUCCGCCGCCGACGACUCUUUCAUUUGAUCCCGACUGCCCGCCGAUCGAACACUCCGGCACAUAUCGAUCACACGAUAAUGGCCGACGAACUGGUGUUUGACACGAACUACUCGUUGUUGACCGUCAACUCGCAGAUAAUUUACAAGCCGACGGACGAACGCGACGACCCGGAGCCCGACAACGACCACGAGGUGUAUGUGGGCAACCUACCCGCGUACUACACAAUCGAGAAAUUUGUCAACUUUGCAAAAAUAUCUGGUUCAAUUUACAGUGUACGUUUGCUUAAAGGAAAUGGAGGCUUAAAUAAGGGUUUUGGUUACAUUUUGUACAGAGAGUUGGCUGCUGUUGACAUUGCAAUUAAAACAUUCAAUGAAUGUUAUCUGCCGGAAAGUGAUACUAAUAGACCACUGAUCGUACAAAAGAGCCUACGUAAUACUAUUAUGAUGAUUUAUGGAUUAUCAAAAAGAAAUAAUAAUAUUUUCUACAUUAGGAGUGAAAUUAAUUAUUUUGUAAUCAACCAUCCAUCACUUUUGCUGAAGUUCGAGUGUGAAGAUGAUACUAAGUUAUUUCUAUCUUUUAAAUCAUUAAAAGCAGCACAAAUUUUUAAGAAAAAAUUGAAAGAAUCCUUUAAUUUUUAUGGAGCUAAAAUGUACUACUUCAAUGAUGUAGAAAAUUGGGUAAGUUAGGAAUAAUAAAAAUUAACAUUACCUAUUUAAUAAAUAAUAACAAACCUGC